AGGAGAAAGAGAAAGGCAAACUAACAAAAACACGACCUAUAAGGAGUAAAAUUGAUAUUACUCUCUCAACCUUAUUAUUUUAGUAUUACCAUUCGAAUAGUUAGCUACAGUUUAAUUUGUUCCCUUAUUAAUUCUAAAAUUAUUGCUCGUGCCAUGGUAUUCUUGGUACUAAUUAACUAGAAUUUUUCGUCACUCAAUCCGAAUUAUGUUUCUUCUUUUUUUUUUUUAUAAGAAAAGGAGGAAGAUAGAGACGAAAGACAACUGCCAUUAACUCAAAUUUCAACAGAUGAGUUAUCCCAGUAUGUGUGUGCGAUGAUACCCGAGAGGGGUUGCAAGAUGCGAGUGAAUGCGGUGGGGGUAGAAGGACAACUACCAGCAUUAGCUUGGACCAAUCCCCGUGGCGGGUUCACGGUGGUGUAUCAGCGCAUGUGCAUCCUCCGGUGGUGUCUUUGGUUUGGGUACCGCGCGCAAGGCCGCAGACCUAUCACUUCUUUGGCGACAGCCGUCGGGGUAACAUCCUUGUUCUCGUCCUAGCCCUCGUCCUUGCAUCAUCCCCUCGACACACCGCAUCACCAGUACCAAAUUCGUUCCGCAGCUCCGUCUUCAUUUCUAUUCUCAUCUCUCUCUUGCGCGUUUCUGUGUACACUGUUCUUUUUUUAUUUUUUUUUCUAAUACCGAUUUACCCUCGGUAGAAGUCGAGCCUGUGCAUCCCAACCAUAACAAGUCGCAAGUUCACGAGUCGUUCGGUUCCGUUUCCUUUCUUGUCGAGCGUCGACAGUUUAAGUUCUCCAAUUUCUUUGACCGGAGGUGAAACGUUUUUUUUUUUCAAUUUCUAAACAGUUGCACGUCGGUCGAGUUCUCCGCGGUUUUUCGUUUCGAUCGCAACGUUUCUUUUCGGCACGUCGGCUGCUGGAACGUUCUGGCGUGGUUGGUUCCUCUUCGAUCUUGCUAUCACUUCCAGGUAACGAGUUUCAUUUCUGUUUUUCUGAUUUUUGCGUCGAGUUCUUUGAGUUCUUUUUCUUUUUUUCUUGCCAGCAGGUUUCUUUGUAGCUUCGACUCUCGUUUGAAAUUCAAGUCGUGUCCUUCGUUUCUGUAGCGAGUAUAGUCUGCUCUUAUUCGUUAGUCGCGGAUACGGUGUUUUCCAAUGUUUUCCGGAUAUUUUUCAUCUUUUCUCUUAACAUACAGAAAUCCGUCGCAUUCGUUUUCAAAGUUUGCCCGCAUCGGUUGCGUUCUCAUCUUAAGGAGACAUUUUCAUUCCCGUCAUUAAUCGGUACUCGGUGCACAAUGCAGGGCUGUCGCGUCCGGAAAACAUCUCCUGUGCCUUAAAUUGCCGUCCAAAUUCGACUUCGUGACAAUAACCAACGCUUUCUCUCACCCUUUCGCGACACUCUACGACUCGCCUCGUGGCCCGUAGACUGUCCGUUAGAGCCUUAACGAAACUGUGAUCUUUUCAAUCUCGAGAUUAACGAAAAUUCAAAGACAAAAAAAUAAAAAUAAACGAUGAACAUCGAUCCUCGAAAUUCGUUUCACCAUUCGAGCUUACUUCGCUUAUUGGCUUCGCACCCGUUGCCUUAAUCCGAAUAUACAAGUGUCGUUGUAACCUAUCCCAUUUUUCCUUUAAUCGUUAACAAAAUUCGACGAAAAACCUCGUCCGUCCCUCUGUGCCUUUCGAAUAUUUCGCUAAACUCCUCGCCUUAUUCCUUGCUUCGAUAUUGAAACGAGUGUCCAACGCGCUCCGCAAACCGUCCCGAACAAGGAGAAUCCGAAGUAUUUCCAAAGUUUCAAGUAGCUUUGUGCCGUUACGUUUAACCAUCAGAAGAGACCAAGAUUUCCUGGUCCCGAGAGAAUCGAAGACGAACGAGUGCAAAAUGCGUUUCGCUUGUCGAGUGAUUCCGGUGGUUUUCGUGCACGCAGAAGAUCACCCAAGGUAUUCGCAAUGGCCACCCUAUCCUUACGUAUCUCCAUCCCGGAGAAAAACGCCACGAAAAUGAUGCAAUUUGACCCGAGCACAUCCGUUUACGACGCUUGCCGUAUUAUCAGAGAGAAACUCGCUGAAGCGAGUAACAUGGGCCAACCCAAGGACUACGGACUAUUCCUUGCUGACGAGGAUGUCAAGAAAGGAGUCUGGCUCGAGCCAGGACGGAAUCUCGAUUAUUACAUUCUGAGGAACGGCGAUCUUCUCGAGUACCGGCGUAAACUGCGGACUCUCAGAGUCCGCAUGCUGGAUGGAACGCUGAAGACGUUACUAGUGGAUGAUAGUCAAGCCGUCGCCAAUCUCAUGGUUGUAAUUUGCACGAAGAUAGGCAUCACGAAUCACGACGAGUACUCGCUGGUGCGCGAAUUGGCCGACGAGGAAACCGAGAAUCAAAAACCGGGCAACUUCGGCACGCUCACCCUGAAGAGAAGGAAGGACGACAAAGGCGAGCGCGAUGCGAAAAUGGACCAGCUGAGGAAAAAGCUCAAGACCGACGACGAAGUGAAUUGGAUCGAUCCUAGUAAGACGUUGCGAGAGCAAGGUAUAGACGAGUCAGAGACGGUCCUUCUACGCAGAAAGUUUUUCUUCUCGGAUCAAAAUAUCGACAGCAGAGAUCCGGUGCAAUUAUCUCUCCUAUACGUCCAAGCGAGAGACGCGAUUCUAGACGGCACGCAUCCAGUUACCCAGGAAAAAGCCUGCACUUUCGCUGGGAUACAAUGUCAGAUUCAAUUUGGCGACCACAAGGAAGACAAACAUAAACCAGGCUUCCUCGACCUCAAAGAAUUCCUACCGCAGUCCUACUUGAAGGUGAAAGGCAUCGAGAAAAAGGUUUUCGCCGAGCACAAGAAGCACGUCGGGCUUUCCGAGCUCGACGCCAAAGUUUUGUAUACGAAGACAGCUAGGUCCUUGAGCACAUACGGCGUCACGUUUUUCCUGGUGAAAGAAAAGAUGAAGGGCAAGAACAAACUGGUGCCUCGUUUGCUGGGAGUCACGAAGGACUCCGUAUUGCGGCUCGACGAAAAGACGAAGGAGAUCUUGAAGACCUGGCCGUUGACUACCGUCCGACGAUGGGGGGCAUCCCCGAACACGUUCACACUCGACUUCGGCGAUUAUUCCGAUCACUAUUACAGCGUGCAGACCACGGAAGCCGAGCAAAUCCUUCAACUUAUCUCCGGUUACAUCGACAUCAUUUUGAAGAAGCAAAAGGCCAAGGAUCACUUCGGCAUCGAGGGAGAUGAGGGUUCAACGAUGGUCGAAGAUAGCGUCUCGCCGCUAAAAGCAACUAUUAUGCAACACGAAACGAGCAACAUCGGUAAAGGAAACGUAGAAGCAGUGUCGGUUGCUAUACCAGCGGUCAUGAGAGUUGGAGGAGACGGGGCUCGACCGUAUGGGACCGGGCACAUGGGCGGUGCUCAAUACACGACUGUCAGCGGCCAGGUGAACAUCGCUCACGCUCCACCGAUGGUGCAACAAACCAAGGUGACAUCCGUCCUGUCCGAACCGCAACGUGCCUUAUUAUCGACCAUCACAGCUGGUCACGAGGUGAUCCAUAUCGCGGAGACCGAGCUCUCCUGCAAGGCUCAACUUCCUGAACUGGGAACCGACCCAGCCUCGUUGAAAUGGAUCGAGCAGACCAUAGACACGCACAAACAGAACGUCGGCUCGCAAAUUGCGGCGAUGAACGCCGCUACUGCUCAGGUCGUCACCCUGACCUCUGGACCAGCGGACGACGUGGAUCACACUGCAGUGGGGGCAGCGAUCACAACGAUAACCAGCAACCUGCCAGAGAUGACAAAGGGCGUCAGAAUGAUCGCUGCUCUCAUGGACGACGAUACUUCCGGAGACAGGCUUCUGGAUGCCGCCAGGAAGCUCUGCUCUGCUUUCUCUGACUUACUGAAAGCCACGGAGCCUGAAACCAAAGAGCCUUUCUACAUAACAGCUUCUACCUACGAACGAUACCCAAGACAGAACCUCCUGAACGCUGCGUCUCGCGUGGGUGAAGCUUCCCAUCAAGUACUAACGACCAUUGGAGAAGAGAACGACUCCAAUCGAGAACUCCAAGACAUGCUACUGGCCCUGGCCAAGGCCGUUGCCAAUUCGACUGCCGCGUUAGUCCUGAAAGCGAAAAGCAUCGCAGCCACCUGCCAAGACUCCGCGACUCAGAAUCGCGUGAUAUCCGCCGCUACGCAGUGCGCUCUUGCUACAUCGCAAUUAGUUGCCUGCGCAAAGGUUGUCGCUCCCACCCUGCAUUCGCCAGCUUGUCAGACGCAGCUGAUGAACGCCGUUCGCGAGGUGACCAAGGCGGUCGAGGGCUUGGUCGAAGUGUGCAACGAGACCUGCAACGACGAGAACCUCUUGAAAGAAUUGAGCGCAGCUGCCAGCGAGGUGAGCAGAACGCUGAACGACUUGUUGAAUCAUAUAAAAACAGCGACGAGGGGAGAAAGAGCCAAGGAAACGAUCCAGGAAGGAGCGGUGGAAACUAUAUUGGUGGCCACCGAUAAGUUGUUCGCCAGUACUGGCGACGCUGGCGAGAUGGUGAGGCAGGCAAGGGUGGUCGGCCAAGCAACAGCGCAGUUGAUCCAGAGCAUCAAGGGCGAAGCGGAGAGACAAACGGAUUUGGAACAGCAACGUCGACUGUUGACCGCGGCGAAGGUGCUCGCGGACGCCACCGCGAAAAUGGUAGAAGCUGCGAGACAGUGCGCCAGUAGUCCUCACGAUGCGAAGAUGCAAGAUCAGUUGCGUCUGGCUGCUGAAGAACUCAGAGCAGCGACCACAGCGGCAGCCACUCCAGCUUUGCGAAGGAAAUUAAUCACCAGAUUAGAAGCCUGCGCGAAACAAGCCGCGUCUACCGCCACGCAGUGCAUCGUCGCUGCGUCAGGAGUUACCCAUCACAAUACAAAUCUAGCCAGUCAGGAGGAACUAGCGGCGGAGUGUCAAAUGAUGGUCCAGCAUAUACCGAAUCUCGUAGCUGGGGUGAAAGGUACCCAAGCACAACCGGAUAAUCCCACGGCCCAGUUGAACCUUAUCAACGCGUCCGAACAGUUCUUGCCACCUGGUACAGCUGUAGUGAAGGCUGCCAGGGCGGUUCUACCGACGGUGACCGAUCAGGCUUCCGCUCUACAGUUGAACAACACUUCUCAACAAUUGGGCGCCUCUCUGUCGGACUUGAGAUCAGCGGUAACGCGAGCCAGAGAGGCCUGCGGUGGGUUGGAGUUGGACGCUGCCGAGGAACUGAUCAGCAGCCUGAAGGACGAGUUGGGAGAAUUUUAUAGGGCUGUAGAGGCUGCUUCUUUGAGACCCUUGCCAGACGAAACGACAGAGUCCACCGCUCUUCGAUUGGGAGCUACAUCGAAGAAGGUUGGAUUUGCCAUGGCGCAACUUCUGUCCGCUGCUAAGCAAGGAAACGAGAAUUACACCGGGAGCGCUGCAAGGGAAACGGCGUCUGCCCUCAAGGAUCUCACUUACGCUGUUCGCGGAGUGGCUGCUACUUCGAAUCAACCCGAGAUGCAAAAGAAAGUUCUUAUGACGGCUGACGACGUAAUUUUAAAGUCUUUGCGUCUCGUCAAGGAGGCCAAACGCGCUCUGAAGAACGAUGAAGCGAAUUUGGUCGCGGCUGCUAAAGACGUGUCGAAUUCCUUGAACAAGUGCGUUUCUUGUUUACCUGGCCAGAGGGACGUCGACGAAGCGAUCAAGAAUAUCGAUGACAUGGUUCAGGUUCUCGGAAUGAACGAGUUCCCGCAAACAAAUAAGAGCUAUGGACAAUUACAAAGCGAUCUAAACAACGCAGCAGCCAACUUGAACGACGCUUCAUCGAGCGUAGUUUCGUCGGUACGUUCCCCGGUGCAGCUGGCGAACUCUUCGAAACAAUUCACCAACGCUUUCGGAGACCUGCUGGACGUUGGAAUGGAAAUGGCUGGUCAAACAACGAUCGAAACUCGAAGCCAGAUGGUCGUGUCCCUGAAGAAUGUCAGCAUGACGUCCAGUAAGCUGCUGGUGACAGCGAAAUCGGUAGCAGCCGACCCAGGCGCGCCAAACGCGAAAAAUCAGCUAUCAGCUGCCGCACGUGCCGUGACAGAUUCCAUCAACUAUCUCGUAGAUGUAUGUACCUCCGCAGCACCUGGCCAAAACGAAUGCGACAACGCGAUCAGGAACAUCCAAUCGAUGCGGUCGCUCCUCGACAACCCCAGCGAACCGAUUUCCGACGCAUCGUACUUCGAGUGCCUCGAAACCGUAAUGGAAAAGAGCAAGAGUCUUGGUGAUGGAAUGACAGGCAUAGCAAAUCACGCGAAGAAGUCGGAACACGAGCAGUUCUCGGUAGCUGUUCGAGGGGUCUCCUCGUCCAUCUGCGGACUGAUCGAAGCAGCAGCUCAGGCAGCGUACCUGGCUGGAGUGAGCGAUCCGACCUCUGUCGCUGGGAAGCCAGGUCUCGUCGAUCAAGCACAGUUUUUGAGAGCGGCUCAAGCUAUUCACACCGGUUGCCAGAACCUCGGAAACCCGACGAGUACCGAACAACAGGUCGUCUCAGCGGCCACCAUGAUCGCGAAAUACACGAGUGCUCUCUGCAACGCUUGUCGCGAAGCUUCGAAUAAAACCAGCAACCCGGUCGCAAAACGUCACUUUGUUCAGUCGGCUAAGGACGUCGCUAACUCCACCUCCGUCUUGGUGAAGGAGAUUAAAGCGCUCGAUCACAAUUACGAGAACAACAGGGAGAAGUGCGCGGAGGCCACGAAACCACUUCUGGACGCAGUCGAUAGUCUCUGCACGUUCGCAGGAUCCUCGGAAUUCGCGAGUCAACCGGCGAAGAUCUCCAUCGCGGCUAGGGCUGCGCAGGAGCCUAUCACCAGCGCCGGAAAAGCCAUCAUCGAUGGCUCUUGCGCAAUGGUGCGUGCUGCUAAGAGUCUGGCGGUCAGUCCAAAAGAUCCUCCUACUUGGCAGCUGUUGGCCAACCACAGCAAGAGCGUCAGCGAUUCUAUCAAGUCUCUGGUUGCUUCUAUUCGGGACAAAGCGCCCGGGCAAAAGGAAUGCGACGCCGCGAUCGACAAGCUGUCCGCUAGGAUUCGAGAACUGGAUGCCGCGUCUCUCAGCGCCGUUUCCCAAGCUCUGGUUCCGCGACGGGAAAACACUGUACAGGGAUUCACGGAUCAGAUGGAGAGCAGCGCUAGCGAACUGCGCGAGAAACUGGAGCCCGUUCGAACGGCUGCGAAAUACGAGGCCGAGCAUAUAGGGCACGCUGUUAAUCAGGUAGCCUUGUACUGCGAGCCCCUCGUCUCGGGUGCUAUCGGUGCUGCGUCAAACAUGGUGCACUCGAAGCAGCAGAUGGUGCUGCUCGAUCAAACGAAAACCGUCGCGGAGUCUGCUCUGCAGCUUGUCUGCGUAGCAAAGGAAUCUGGUGGCAAUCCAAAGGCGGUCAACCUGCACGCGGAAGUCGACGAAACCGUCGAGUCAACCAAGGAUGCGUUGCAAGAACUGCAGAACACUUUGGAGACUAUUUCGACUUCUAAUGGCAUCGUCACCGGCUUGAUAGAUACUAUCUCACGGGCGAUGGUGAGAUUGGAAGAUCACAGGAUGUCUACGAUCGAUACGGUUGAUUCUUACGUGGAUUAUCAGACGAGAAUGGUGGAAGCUGCCAAGGAGAUUGCUCGUCUGGCGCAAGAAAUGUCAACAAAGUCCAGCACCGACGUAGCCAAACUAGGUCCCCUGGCAGUGGACAUUUCCCACAAGUACACUCAAUUGGCCCGCGACACUUCCGGCGCUUCUGCAGCAGCAUCCAACGCGGAUGUCUCAGCGAGACUUCGCACAGGUGUUCAGGAACUUGGUCGAGCUUGCGCGGACAUCGUUCGAGCUACAGGAACGUGUCAAAUGUCGCCAGGCGACGCUUACGCUCAGAGGGAGGUCGCGGAGAACAGCAAAAUCGUCACAGAGAAGGUGUCUCAGGUGCUAGCCGCUCUUCAAGCUGGUUCCCGAGGCACGCAAGCCUGCAUCAACGCUGCCAGCACCGUGUCAGGCAUUAUCGGUGAUCUGGACACCACGAUCAUGUUCGCCACCGCUGGAACUUUGCACGCGGAGAACGAAGGCGACACUUUCGCGGAUCACAGAGAGAAUAUUUUGAAAACGGCCAAGGCUCUCGUGGAGGACACUAAAACACUCGUGGCGGGCGCAGCCUCUUCGCAAGAGCAGUUGGCAGUUGCCGCGCAGAACGCUGUAUCGACGAUCGUUCAACUUGCUGAAGUCGUCAAGUAUGGGGCAGCCAGUUUGGGCAGUCAAAAUCCCGAAGCUCAAGUAAUGUUGAUAAACGCGGUGAAGGAUGUAGCUUCUGCUCUCGGCGAUCUUAUACACGCCACCAAAGCGGCUAGCGGAAAGCCUAUCAACGAUCCGAGCAUGGCGCACUUGAAGGACUCUGCAAAGGUGAUGGUGACCAAUGUGACGUCUUUGCUGAAAACCGUGAAAGCGGUGGAAGACGAGCACACGCGCGGUACCAGGGCUCUGGAAUCGACGAUCGAGGCCAUAGCUCAAGAGAUCCGCGCUCUCAACAUGCCCGAGAUGCAGAAGACCAACGUGACCCCCGAAGACCUGGUCCGUUGCACGAAGAGCAUCACCGUCUCGACCGCGAAAGCGGUGUCCGCUGGGAACAGUUGCAAACAGGACGACAUAAUCGCGGCUGCUAACAUGGGACGAAAGGCAAUCAGCGACAUGCUGAUGAUUUGCAAAGGUGCUGCUUACAAUUGCGCGGAAACUGCCGAGCUGAGGGACAGGACCUUUCAGGCUGGCCACGACGUAGCGAUCAAUUACAGAGAGCUCUUGCAAGCGAUUCUCCAAAUAGCGUCAAGAUCUGGCGACGCCAAGCACACUUUGCCGCCGAUCUCGCGGAAGAUCGCCCAGAGCGUCACCGAGUUGGUGGCAGUGGCCGAAUUGUUGAAGGGCAACGAUUGGGUGGACCCUGACGAUCCUAAAGUCAUCGCGGAGAACGAGCUGCUAGGGGCUGCCGCCAGCAUCGAUGCGGCUGCUAAGAAACUCGCCAGUCUGAGACCAAGGAGAAGCAUACAGGAGGCCAACGAGGACAUGAAUUUCGACGAGAUGAUCCUAGAAGCGGCUAAAUCGAUCGCAGCCGCGACAUCAGCGCUCAUCAAAGCAGCGAGCGCGGCUCAAAGAGAACUGAUAGCGACAGGAAAAGUCUCUCGAACACCUUUGACCAGCUCCGACGAUGGCCAGUGGUCGGAAGGAUUGAUCUCUGCCGCGAGAAUGGUCGCAGCCGCGACCCACAGCCUCGUGGAAUCGGCGAACGCCCUUGUACAGGGUGUCAGCUCCGAGGAGAAGUUAAUCUCCAGCGCGAAACAGGUCGCCAGUAGCACAGCACAGCUGUUAGUGGCUUGCAAGGUGAAAGCAGACCCUGAUAGCGACAGCACGAAGCGUCUACAGGCGGCAGGUAACGCUGUGAAGCGCGCUACCGACAACCUGGUGAGAGCAGCGCAGCAGGCCAUCCAGCAGGAAGAAGAUCGCUCGUUGAUUCUGAAUCGCAGAAUGGUUGGCGGAAUCGCGCAGGAGAUAAACGCCAGAUCGGAGGUUCUACGCAUCGAGCGUGAACUCGAGGAAGCCAGAGGCAGGCUCACCGCCAUUCGACAAGCCAAAUACAAGAAUCGUUCGGACAUGGGGGACACCGACACGGAAGGGGAUCAGAGCGGCUACGAAAGUUACACGACAAGGUAUGAAACUAGAGCUUACGAUCCUAAUUCGCAGAUGAAUCACAAUUUGGAGCAACUGCAAUCCGCGACGAACACCAUCAGUCAACUCACUGCCGAUAGGCAGGACCUCGUCAGCCCCGAGAAGGUUCACUCCACGCAAAGUACCCUGGAAAGAAAGAUGAAGGAUAAUCAGUAUCGAUCCACGAUGGAGAGCCAGUACGGAUUGGUCGAGAAGAGGUAUAACGAUAGCCCUUAUUCCAUGGACAAGCAAAUUGUCGCGGACAGCACACCUGGACAAUACAGCUCGAUCGAGAGAAAAAUCAAUCAAGAGAGUUACGGUACCACGGAGAGGAAACACAUGGAAGGGCCUUAUCCACCUGUACACACCAUGACCUAUUCUUCAGUCUCGCCCACGCGCAAGGUUUUCCAGGAGCAGCAGCAUUCUUACGAGAAAUACUCUCAAGAACAGUCUUCCGCCGACGAUCGAUCUUACGAACGGAAGUCUUACUCUCCGAACCAGGAGCAAAAAUAUUACAGUGAUUCCGUGGAUAGAUUCUCAGGGCACAGCCCCAUGAGCACCUUCCGAUCCGACAAACAUGUAGAGGCACAGCGUUUCGGCGGUCUUCCUCAGAACCAGACCUUCAAGAACGUCGAAACGAAAGUUAUUCCUGGUGGCAGGAUGGAGACGAUCACAACGAAGGUUUACACCUCCACCCCUGGCAAGACCUCCAGUUCAAACUUCGUGUCUACGGAGGAGACCAAAGAGUACGCGACCUCUGGUAACGAGAUGUCUACGUUCAAAGCUAUCGAUAACGACGCCCACGAAGAGCGCACCACGAAGCAGUCAACGACGCACAAGGUCACCGAGAAGAAAACCGUUACCACGACCAUGUCCAGUCGACAGGAGUCGGACACGAAGACGUUUCGAUUCUGGGAAACGUAAUUAGGAAUAGAAAGUUGGAGAGCCGAGCAUCUUGAUAAAGAUGUCUUUGAAUAGCAAAUGUUCUUUCUAACGGAACAGUGUGGAGGACGCAUCGUAAUUGUUGUUUGAUGCACGAUCGAGCAAUUUACUUUGCUCGUAGGAUCUUCGUAAUAUUCUGUACAAUAGAGGGAAAGAAGCGUCCCUGAUGGUAAUUAAUUAUUAUAUAGACAGAUUUUGGUAGGACAAGCUGCGGCGAGAUCGAUUAACGAAUAACAAGAGAUUAGAAAUUGAUUAAUAUCGAUGGGGUUGGGCAUGAAAACGUUCAGGAGACGAGAUUUCAGAUCACGAUUGCUGAUUGUAUCGUUGAUCGAGUAGGUAAAACUAAAUAUUGUCAUAUUUAACUGCCUAUUUUUACUCUGAGCGUAUUAUAUUAACCCAAGUACAUAUUUUCACGUGCUUAGAGACAGAAUUGAUACUUGCAACUUAAAAGUAAUUCUGAAAUUUAUCUACUCUGACGAUACGGAAACGACGAAAGUAAUUUGAGAAGCCAGAGAUUUUUGAAAUCAAAGUAGUUGAUCUCGUUUAAAAUCUAGAGGGUAUAAGCGAAUAUCGUACGAAUACGAAACGUUUGAAAUUUUGUAUUCAUUCAACGUUUUAUAUUACGAUUGAUGCAUCCGGAGAUCAUUUUUUCGGUAACCUUUCAUUUAGUCUGUUCUUUCUGCUUACUGACAGACAAUCGAUAUUAGAAAUUAAGGAGCACGGAAGAAUUAGGAUUAACUAUUAUACACAUUUUUCUGAGCCCCGUUCGUUUUUCUAACGUCAGUGAAUAUUGAUACUGUAGUAUCGUGUAGUAUAGUGAAAUCGAGAAGGAAUAAAUUAACCGAGAUUGCCUAAACACAAAGGUACGAAGAGUUAAACUAUUCCAUUUGAAAGCAUACGAUUAAACGCGUAAAGCGAUCAGGUCAAUUAAAAAACGAUUCGCCUCCAGCGUUUUAAAAUAUAUUUCGGCGCCUUUGUAUGAUAAUCUUUGUGAUAAUCGAUAGAGAAGUGUCCUUAGAUAGAAAUAACGCGUGCUUUCGAAGUUAGCCUUUUUGAGAAGAAUUAUGGGCUCGAUUCAAAUGGACAAUAACCGUCCCGUUCACCCAAGUGAACUUGAAACAUUUUCUCACUAUCGAAUGAACACUUAUUUAGUGUAAUAGGCAAGAUUGAUCCUUCGUUUAACAAUCUGAUUUUUAUGAAGAAAUCGUAUAUAAAUACGAACCAACAAUUCUUGAUCUUUUGAUAUAAUUUGAUAUUCAUGUUUUAACUUUCGAGAAACUUUUGUAAAAUGUAUUUGAGAAUUUUAUUAACAGUGUCGCUGGUACUUUAUAGUGAUGAAUUACUAUGAAAAAACAAAUUUAUAUAUCGAUCAAAGAGUUUAUGUAUAGAACUUUUUCUAUGGCCGCUUGAUUUUUGAUAAUAUUUUGAAAGAAUAUUUUACAACGACGUAACGGAUAAGAAAAAUAUUCGUUUAACCAACAACGAAACAGCUUUCGUGCUGUAAAUCGGCGAAGCCCUCCCGUUGACACGCGAUUAGAAACCGUCGAACGCCGCAGUGAAGCCACGUCCGAUUUAAUUUAGUUCUAAUUUAUCGUAAUUUUAAGUUUAAGGCCACGGAUUAACAAGAGAAGCAACAUAUCAUUUAAUUUUAUUAACUUACCGAGACCGUGUGGCGUUGACCCUCGGUCGCUUUCAUCCUCUCCCCCUUUAACAUUUUCUUUUUUCUCGGGAUUAACAUUAAUCUUUAAGCCUGCCUUUGUUAGUUCUGGAUGCUAUUUGUUCGCUUGAGCCUGUAUUUUUUACCUUACACAUAUUCGUUUCGCUGUUCCCUGCUGUUUGCGUGUGAGUUUCGUCAACCGUUCAACGACGAUGGCUCGUUUUCUAUAAUUUCACCGACGAAUCGAUCGUCAGCCUUUUUCAGUCAGAGCUGUCCGACAAAAAAAAUAUUUAACGAGCGAGUGGAAUAUUGUACAGGGUAUUAAAAAAAAAAAGCAAAUAUUUGCCACGACUUUCGCAGUUGUAUCGUGAGAUUCGUCUAGAUUUUGUAAUUCAGAGUUCUUUUUAUUUCUAUACGAAGAUAAAGUGGGGGAACUCAUUGUUCCCAGAAUCAAUUCCAUAGAAUUUAAUCGACCAAGACUUCAAUAAUCUCUUGUGAGAACUUGCAUCGUCCAUCACUCGUGAUUCAUUUCGAAUUUUCUUAUUCUUCUGUCGAAUAGAAUACGUACAUUUUUUACUUAGAGUGUCAGAAUUGAAUUGAAUUUGCGAAGUCGCGACGAACAGUUUACAUGUACACCUUAUAAAUUAUAGCGUACCGAAUGAAUGAGACGUAGAACAUGCUGGAAUAAAAAUAAUCUUCUGAUAGAGUAAAACUCGAUGCAAUGGUUGAGGAGUGAUCGAUGGAACAGCGAGAAGGGGAAAGGUGGAGUACGUAUUAUAUUGUAAAAAAGAUAACGAUCAAUUUAUUCUUAUUACGGCACGAAGUAUGCUUUUUCGCAAGUUUGUAAGGAACUAAAUGAUUACGAGGUAACGGAAAAGAAAUAAAAAUGUUAGUUUAACGCGACUCAACUUGAAAGUAAAAUGGCUGAAGCCCGCAAACACAUUUCGAGGAUACGGUUAUAAACAAUUUACCAGGAUUUUGUCAGAAUUCGAAUGAUCAAAGAGUGUGGUGCUUUGAAUAACUCCACGAAUCCUCCAGCUGGAGGAUCCGAGCUGAAGCUUUGAAAAACUCAAACGAAUUCUAAUGAAGGGUUAAAACGUUGCAUAAUUUUACUGAAGAAACGUCAGAAAGGUUCGAAGCUUGGAAUAAAUAUACGCUUUUAAAGAAAAAUAUUUUAGCGAAGUCACUGAAGCUUGGAGAUUUAUAGGAUAGGUGAAAAGGUUGAAGAACAGGCCUGUUCCAAGUGAUCGAUUAGUGCAAUUAUUGUUAGUCUUUCGAAGAUAUAAUUGUAAAUAGACGUUAGGUAUUCCACGCGAUGUUCGGGUGUCCUCGCGAACGAUGGAAGAUUAUUAAAAAGCGAAAAAAAAAAAUACGAAAAGUGCCUGAGUGUUAUUUUGUUAUGAGCUGCCGCUUUUUUUUUUCACGUGCUCGUAGUGAACGUAGAAGUUUUUCAAUAUUACCAAAAAGUCAAAUGCUUUACUAAUGUUCGGUAGUACGAUCACAAUAAUAAAAAUAAAAUAACGGGAAAAUUCUAUUUCGGAAAAGAGAUCGUCUCAAAAGAAACGAAGAAAAGCAGAUUUUUGUUAUCGAACUUUUCCAAAGUAACGACGUGUAUGUAUAUAUGGGUGCGUGUAUGCGUGUAUUUACACGUACACACAUUAUUGCAUUUAGUAUCAUAUAUUUUGAGAACGAUCGCCAACCGUAUUUUUAUUUUAUAUACGUAUACCUAUUAUAUAGAUGUGUGCCAUGAUAUAUAAGAAAGUAUAUAUACAUAAAUGACGGAGAUAAUGAAUUAUACAAGACAAUUAUGCGAUAGAUGAUAUAUUAUAUAUUCUAUGUAUAUCGUUAAUGUAUUAAAGAGAAAGCAAGCAACGAUGGCGUCUUUACAGUUUUAACAUUUGCAGCAUUGUUUUGACAAUUCAAAUAUAUACACAGAAUAUUUUCAAUCGUUACUUUUCGAACAAUCGAUUUAAUCUUAUGCGUAUAUUAUUAUAGCGGAAUGUUAUACAAGUUGUAAUAUUAUAUUAUAUUAUUAUUCCUUCAUUCUUAUUAUUAAUUAUUAUGAUUAAGUUGCAGCAAACGCUGAUCGGUAUAACAAAUAUUAUUUUAUUACUAUAUUACAGUGAAGUUCGCAAAUAUACAUACUAGCCCUAUUACAUUCAGGUAAUAAAGAAUUUCUAACAC